AGAAUAAUCAAUCAUUAAUAUAUGAUAGAGAUGGUCUCCAACGACUUUGGAAGUUAUUCAAGCAGUUUAAUGCGUUGUCUAAUAUCAUCGCGACAGGUGAUAACGACUAACGUAUUUUAUAAUUAUUCAAAUCAUUUAACGUGUUGUCUAAUAUCCUCGCGAGAAAUAAUGAUCACAAAAGUAAGAGCAGAUGGUUUACUGCGGUAAUUUUUCACUGUAAACUUAAAGAAAAAAAAUUCAGAAAUUAAAUGCGAUUGGGAGGGUCACCGGAACUUGGUGACGCAUAUAGCCCUUUGAAUUAGCGCCCCAUUUCCACGAAAAAGCGAAUUUCAAAAGCGCCCCGGGCUUAUUUGACCACAUACCGCAUCGUUAUCUGUUAUGGCAGAAACUUCCCUGAGAGGAAAUCUGUAUUUUUUGUCUUUUCUAUUUGUAAUAAAUUUUCAUCGAACCCCACGAUCAAUAGGACAUGUCAAGCUUUGUAUAAAUUGUUUAUACUUACUAGUAUGUACAAGGGUUUCUUUCAUUGUAAAUCUGUUUUUAAGCAAGAAAUUGCUCUUUCUCUUCCCUUAAAGCCGGUAGCCUUUUCUUUCAGUCACAGAUUGAAAACUGAAAUUUGACUUUAUCGAGAGGACGUGUUUGAUUGGUUCCUUUUCGUGAGCUAUUUUAGAAAUAAUCAAUUUCCAGUUGUUUAGUCUGCACUGCGUUUCCAAGUUAUACAUUUCUCUUAGCCACUUGGCUAUUUGAAAUCUUAAGAGGUUGUUUAAGGUGCAGGUUAAGAAGAAAGCUAUGUUUUGGAGAUAAAGCAUUGUGAAGCUCAACACACUGAGCUGAGGAAAUCAAGCAUAAUUUUCUUCUUUAGGUUGAACACCGUCAAAUGGUAUAAUGCUCUUCAGAGAUUUUUUUUCUCGUAAAAAAAACUGAGGUUGUCGUUUCGGUAGAAAUUUCUAACUGCCUUCUGUCAUCACUAAGUUGUGCAAUUUGUUUCAAAGCCGCCUAAACAGUGAGAAAAAGUGUCAAUGUAUUUAAUGAUUCAAGAAAUUUAAUGCAAAGUAUAUCACUUUUGAUUCGAAAGAAGCAUUUAUUGAAAAAAAUUAGAUUUUAGAUUAGUGUAGAUGGUCACGUUCUGCUUUCAUCGCAAAAUUACGUGUCCAAAAUUGGACACUACCACUGUCCAAUUUUAAUUGGACACGUAAUUUUGUCAAACUAACAGAAAGAAGAACAGGAGACGUUAAACUAUUAUACCAGGGGAACUUGAUCAGCCCUACAAGAACCGUUUCAAUAAGGCACAGUUAAAACGGCAUUUGAUUGCUGCAAAACUGAUCUACAUAAACGGAAGGGGAAGUUCUCAAUUUAAGAUCAAAAUCAGAAACUUGAAUUUGUUAUUGAUCUUAAAAGGGAUUAAAGAACAGCUCCACCUCUUACGCUUUGGAUCGUCGUUAGAAGUGUAGGAUUAUCCACGGUGUACUUGCGUUACUUGGAACAUGAUCCCGCAUGUUUGGUGGAAGUGUUCCUGAGAGGAUUUCUUUUCCUUAAAAGAUGAUAAAGAGAAGCAGUGAAUCGUGAGUGAUUGUAAUUAUUCGCAUCACUUCGCAAAUAGAAAAAUUGCCGAGAGAGAAGGCCGGCGCCAUUUAACUCCUUCAAGCAAAUUAAUGUCAAGCAAUCUGUGUACAAAAGUACAUAAUAUUUUGUAUAACACACACGUGUGGUGCGCUGAUUAAUUGGGGUCCAUGCAGUGGCCGUACAUAAAUAUGGUUUAAUUUGAAAACACAGUUUGGUCGAGUGCGUUGUCGAGUGACUAUAUACCAAGAGAAGAAUGGCAAAUGAAACUCUCGACAGAAAACAAGCGACUGUGGGAAACAUAUACUGUUCUCUAUCGCAAACUCUAAUCCAGGACAUACGACCUCAGUUAACGUUUUUGUCAACUUUCAACAUUUUUCUGUCCAUUACGGCCUUUCUUGGAAACGUUGUAAUUCUCGAUGCACUUCGCAACGAGUCUUCCAUUCGUCCACCAUCAAAGCUCUUCUUUCGCUGCCUUGCAACGACUGAUAUUUGUGUUGGUGUCAUAAUAGGGCCUCUGGUUGUCUUUCACUGGAUUUCCAUAAUGCAAGAUCGAUGGAUUUAUUGUCGCUUUUUAGUUGCCAUAGUUUUUGUUAUUGGCAGCAUCCUAACACAAGUCUCCCUUUUAACUUCAACUGCAAUAGGGGUUGACAGACUUCUUGCCCUUUUGUUGCGUUUGAGAUAUAACCGAGAGGUGACUUUGAAGCGGGUGUAUGCGGUUUUAACUGCCUUUUGGAUCAUAUCCAUUAUUUUUGGGGUGAUGUCCUCAAUAAACUUUCGAGCGUAUUUGUGGUUCGCCUAUACGGUCGUAACAGUUUGUUUAGUAACCGCUCUUUUUACUUACACCAAGAUUUUCCGUACUCUUUGUCAUCAUCAGAACCAGACACUCAGCGCGUUUCGUCAAAUGACUCCGCUCACCUUGGCACGCUACAGAAACGCAGUGUCCAGCGCAUUAUGUGUGCAGCUGACAAUGGUUGUGUGUUACUUACCGUAUGCUGUUGCUGGAGUAGUGUCACAAGUUUUACAGGAUCCUGGUGAACCUGCAACUUCAUCAGUUUUUCUAAUGAAAGUAUAUACAGUGACUUUAGUUUACUUAAACUCAUCCUUAAAUCCAAUUCUUUACUGUUGGAAGAUUGCAUCAGUGAGAGAUGCAGUGAAAGCCAGAGUUAAAAAAGUACUUUGUCGCUUUAAGUUUCAAAUUGACUCAGUUUCGUACGAUUAAAAGGAAUACAGUUGGCUGCCGCCUUUUAAUUUUUUAAUUUUAUCUUUAAGUCAAAACGCGUUCCGAUUUGAAGUAUUAGCAUAGUACCAGACAGUUGUACUGAAAAUGUCAUUCAUAAAAAUAAAUGUAACUUAUCUCAUCAAGUUCUAAGCUUCUUUCCACCUUU